AUGGGAGGCAUUUCAGUGCCUGAGCGGUCCUCGCUGGAUCGCCUCAAGGCGCUGGACAGCCUUCCCAGCCUCGAGGCGCAACUACAGGAGGCCAAUUCUCUUUGCGAUCACAGUUCACGUGCCGAGAUGAUAUUGAGAUGGCUGCUGGGGAAGUUGAAAGCAUCAGAUGAGGCAAGGAACGGAAGCGCCACCUGGGAAUUGCUGUCUUCUUGCAUCCGGAUCAUCUCGACUUCGCGAAUCGCUUCUCUGCUAGGAUCGAAUGGAUUCAUCGAUGCAUUGCAAACGAUAUGUUCGGGGACAGAUCUAUCAACGGAGUUGAUGCAUGCCAUUGCCGGCAAUUUGGAUCUACUUCUUGAGCUCUGCGAGAGCGAUUCUGGAACCGCCAUCAAGUCACUCUUCAGCAUCGAGAGCUCGGUUGCGGCGCCUAUCUGUGGCAAUUGGUUUCGACUUGUGUACGAAUCUUCCCACGGAGAUGAAGGAUCGAACUCGAUUACAACGUAUGCUUUGUUGGAGCCAGCAUUGAAGAUCUGGUCACUCCGGAAGAGAACAGGCUCUGAUGAUGAGCUGUUCAGUGCGAACUGUAUCGUCCCUGCUCUGCUAUUGCUGCGGCAAAUCUCAGACUCAAGGCGCUCGGAGUCCCACAAGCGAAAGCGUGGUUCAAUCGAUGUGUUUGAUGCUCGAGCAGCUGGCAAUGCUAUUGAGGCUAUGACAGCCAAGCAUGUCAUCUUGCCUGCCAGAGCCGUGUUCUUCAAGGAUCGCGAGGGUCGCUCAACCAAGUCACGACAGCGUUCUACGGAAACCAACCAACCGGAGAUUAAGGAGCGUCUGGGACCUCUCAAGAUGGCCGUCCUGAGGGAGGACAGUCAGCAGAUCGCCAAAACGAUCCCCUUACUGCUCGAUAUUGCUCUACGUUCAGUUGCAACGCCAACACCCAAGCAUCGCUUUAACGAAAGACCGUGGCUCGAGACGCUACUCGACUCCCUCCGGAAUUACUUUUCUACUAAGGACCGGAGUCUUCGCAAUCAGGUCCUCGCAGAAAUGCUGGAUGUGAUACACCGAGAAGGCCACCAAGUCGCUCUUCGAACACUUUCCACGGUGGUGAAGGAUGAUGCCUUUUCAAGCGACAAUUCGACUGACGUUGAUUGGAAUUUGAUCGCCAAAGUCGCAAGGCUCGAUGCGAACGUUUUCGGUGACAAGAUACUCCUGGAGACACUAUUCAAUGCGAUAACGUUACAUCAUCCUUCCUCUGAAGAACAUCAGCUGCUGACAGGAGAGAUUGCAAUCCCUGUGAUGAAGGCUCACGCGAAGAGCAGAACUUUGACCUCGUUCAUCGACUGCUGGAGUGAGCAACUAUCACGGCCCCAAGGACAAUCUGCAGUGUCAGUCUGGACAGAUUUAGCCACUCCAUUCUCACAGAUCUGCGAGGAAGCAAUGACCUCGGAGCAGAUAGUGUUUCUUUUCGACAAGCUGGCAUCAGGUGUCAACAGCACACCAGAUUCAUUGAAGCUGUCGGACGACCCGUCCUCAUCCGGGCAACUUCGCGCAGGCUUCACUGUCCUAGAUGGACUUCUAUCAGGCAUUCGAAACGAGAACACGAUUGUUAAACUGCAAGGUGGCCUUGACAGGCUACAAUGUAGCUUACAGACCCUGGCAUACAAUAAGACUACGAAGAUCACCAAAAUGCUACCUUUUGAGCUCUGGACAUUACUCGCCCGUGUCUUCAACUUGUGGUAUCCGUCAUGGGCUGUCCAGCAAAAAAAUCGAGACAACAUCAUCGAUUCUGGCCUGAACGACAAUCUCCGAGGCGUCUUUAAGUCUGCCUUAGGUCAAUGUGCCCCCAAACAGGAUUCUCAAGACGCAGUUCGCAUUGCACAAGCCGCUCAAACGUAUGUCGCCACUAUCUGCACCUCCUUUGGAAGGUAUAGUGAGUCUAAGGACUGCCAAAAGGUGCGCAUAGAGGCCGUUGAGCGUCUCAGUCAAGAAAAGGGUGCCGCUCUUCCCGUUCUCCUCAGAUUCCCCAGCUUACUCGCAUAUUGCACGCCAGAUGCCAGAAAAAGUCUUGUGUCUCACUUGUUGGCUGAAGCAAGUGAAGCGGAAGCUCUAGGACAGGAACGUCAAGAAUUGUCCGUUCUACGACUGCGGGCUUUGGUCUCUACUGCCUCGAAUUUGCCCGAGCGACCUGUACUUGAUGACUGUAUCGCUCCUCUCCUCGACUGUCUUCGAGGGAAGGAUGCCAGCCAACCUACGUCGGAGCUCGAACUUGUGGUCUUGUCAACAUUCGCAGCCGCCGAUCUGGCCACGUUUGAUCAGGAGCAACGAGUGGAGAUUUUAGAUGCUCUUCUACAACUCCAACCACCUCCGUCGACUCAGUCUGGAUCAGUUCAGCUUCAGCAGCGCCUGGCCUUGAUGGUUGGCCUUUUGCGCUAUCCUUGCCGUGGGGCUCGUUUGCUGGCGGACGCUGAGGGCGUGUGGGAUAUUGUAAGCUGGUUCAGUGACAGCCGCAUAGGCAAAAAGUCCGCUUCGAAACCUGCCCACCCUCUCGACUCGUUGAAGAACUUGGAGAUCUUCGACGAGUUGGUCAGAUGUCUCGUCGGAUCCUUGAUGGCCACACGAAACCAGAAGUCCACGCGCGAGAUUCUGGUGAAGCACUCUGAGCAGACCAAGAAGAGAAUUGAGCAAGUACGCACUGGCAAGGAGCUUACGCCAGCCACUCGAACGGCUUCAAUCGUCCUCUUCAAGAAUGUCUUUGGGGCAGUGGGGCAAGGUGACUCAGAUACAACGGGAAUCAUUCAAGAUUCAGACGCCACCGCCCUCUACCUCAGUGCUAUUGCAGCCGAGUUCAAGUCGCUGAUCUCCACAUCAGGAUCUUGCUUCUCUAUCUGGACAGAGGGCGGCAAGUCGGGGCCUCUCUUGUGGAUAUUUGACGCUUUGGUCAUGAUACCCGAUGCACUCAGACCUUCACCGUCACGUAUGGAGCUUGCCGAUAUGGUGAAGUCGUUAGCGUACACCGUACUGGAUUUCGAGGAUGAAGGUCUGCCAGGAAAAGGUUUCCCCGAAUUGUCCAGGAUCAAGGUAGCCAGCUUUCAGGUUGCUUGCAAGUUCGAUCCCACUGCUGGGAGAAGAUUGCUCCCUCUCGCACAGAAGCUGCUUCAGCGAGAUCUUUCGGCGAGAGAGUAUGUGACCGUGCUUUCAACCUUUGAGGACGCUUUCGAAGCCGACGAUGACGAAUGGACUGGUGCAUUGCAGCAGAUGAUGCUUGACGAAAGCCCUCAGACUCCGGCUUCUCUCAUUCUUCAGCAGAAAGCCAUCAAGAACUUGAGUCACGAGGAUCUUGAAGGAUCGCAGGAUGGCACGGGACAUUUGAGAGGCACCGAGUCCUUCACGGCAUACCAGAUCUUUGAUCGGACUCUGGCUGAGGCUGCCAACAACACAACCCUUCAAGCGAGGAGAAUCGCCCUCCAAACCCUCGCCAUCAUCUUCAAGGACAAGUCCUUCAUGGUCAACCAAUACGGCAUCGAACAAACCCUCUCGACCCUCCACAACCUCCUCAAGACCUACAAACACGCCUCAACGCUCUACCCCGACAUCUGCAACGUCCUCUCCACCCUCUUCGCAUCCCACCGCUCCCGCCUCCAAGGCCGCUUCCACCUCCUCGUCGCCCUCUUCCAAGCCCUCCUAACCCAACUCUUCACCGCCACCACCCCCUCCAACCCCACCACCCCCAUCCACCACGCCAAACUCCUCGCCCGCCUCCUCGAAUCCUUCUCCAACCCGCAAAUCCGACCAACCUCCAAAACCCCCCAUUCCUCAUCCCUCAUCGACUCCACCCGCAAAGCGCAAUCCCGCGCCGGCCAAUACGCGCCCUACAUCCUGCACCACUACUGCGCGCAGCUGCUCGCCGGUUCAGGCCCAGAAGGCGUCCGGGAGGCGUUAAAACCGGGGCUGUGGACGGUGAUCGAGGCGAUGGAGAGGUAUCAUUCUGAAGGGGUGAGGGUGUUGAGUGCGGCGAUGAAUGCUAGUGAGAGGGCGGUGUUGAGGGGGGUUUAUGAGGAGUGGAGGAGGUUUGGGAGGUGGGAGGGGUUGUAG